AUGUCCCACGCCUCGUCCUCGACAUGUUUUCACCGCACCUCGAGCACGCUAUCGCCGUCCAGCUCGCCGACGAGGCGCUCGCCGUCGCGCCAGAAGUACUGCUGCUGCACGCGGCUGACAAACGAGACGACGUUUGUGGCCACCUGCGUGCUGCAGCGGGAUGUACAGCAGUGGCACGAGGAAGCCAAACGCGAUCACGUCCAGCACGGACGGCUCGUGCUGGCAAAAGAAGCGGCUGCGGUCGCCGAGCCGCGUCGACAGCGCGCCGAGCGCGAUGCCCGCGGCCAGCUGCGCGCAAAGCCGCCGCCGCUGGAGAAACAGCACUACGCGGUUGAGCGGGAACGCCGUCUCCUUGGAGAGCAGUCUGUGGUAAAUGUCGGCGUAGUCCUUGUCGUUGAGGUAGACCUCGUGCAACAACGCGGGCCCGAUGCGGGCCGUGAUGAGUGGGCGAACGCGCUCGAUUCGGCGAUCAUGAACAAGGUCAGGUGCGCGUUCGCGUCCAGCAGGGCCAGGUCGGCCGUGAGAGCGCGGCGACGGCGACGUGCCGGGAUACACGCAGAACGCGAUGUCCGCGAAGCGUAG